GUGAUUGGUAACGAGUUGAGUGAGACAAGUGAUUAAAAAAUGGCAUCCGCGACGACGUCGCACAAUGAGGUUUCGCAGGACUUUUCUGUCAACAAACUUAUCCGCGUUGGUUAUUAUGAACUGGAGAAAACUAUUGGCAAGGGAAAUUUUGCUGUUGUUAAAAUGGCUACCCACGUCGUAACGAAAUCUAAGGUGGCUAUUAAAAUAAUUGAUAAAACAAAAUUGAACGAGGAAAAUUUGGCUAAAAUUUUUCGCGAAGUACAUAUAAUGAAACGAUUAAGGCAUCCACAUAUCAUAAGGUUAUAUCAAGUAAUGGAAACAGAAAAGAUGAUAUAUUUAGUCACCGAAUAUGCUCCGGGAGGAGAGAUAUUUGACCAUCUUGUGCGGAAUGGAAGAAUGCCAGAACCAGAAGCAAGAAGAAUAUUUCGUCAAAUUGUUCUUGCUGUUCGUUAUCUCCAUCAACAAAGAGUCGUUCAUCGAGAUCUUAAGGCUGAGAAUUUACUACUUGAUGCAGACAAUAAUAUAAAACUUGCAGACUUUGGAUUUAGUAAUGAAUACACUCCAGGUGUUCCGCUUAGUACCUGGUGUGGAUCACCACCUUAUGCUGCUCCUGAAAUUUUUGAAGGAAAACAGUACGACGGCCCUCGGGCUGAUGUAUGGAGCCUUGGUGUUGUUUUGUAUGUAUUGGUUUGUGGUGCAUUGCCAUUUGAUGGACCUACAAUGCAACUACUACGCUCCGUAGUGAUCUCAGGGAAAUUUAGAAUACCAUUUUUUAUGUCUGCAGAAUGCGAAAAACUGAUUAGACAUAUGUUGGUAGUAGAACCAGAACGACGUUUAAGUAUCUCACAGAUUUUAGCACACUCCUGGAUGGGCGGAGAUGGUGUAACAGAACCUGAACCAGGAGGGUGUAAUUCUGACAAUGUGCCACUACAGCUAAAUCAGUUAGUAAUAGAAAAUAUGUUAAGAUUACCAGGACUUAGUGCAGACACGUUAUUAAAAGCAGUUCAAGGGAAUGCUUUCGAUCAUGUAUCGGCGAUAUAUAAUCUUCUUGUCGAUCGAUUAGAACCAACAAUGCCUAGUUUACCCAGUAUUCAAACUAUACCAGGAGAUUAUGCCCCUGAUGGAGCACAUCAAUUAGAAAAGUAUGGAGAUACAGAAGCAGAAACAGAAGAAAGGAGUGGAAUGCAACUAACGCCUGGCACGCCCUAUCAUACAACAAGAAGACAUACAGUUGGACCUGGCGAUACAGCGCAUCAGCCACCAACACAAUAUCCAUAUAAUUAUAAUCACACAACAGGCGAUCCAACGCUGCGACUCCUUCCUAUACUACAGUGUAAUAACACUGAUCCUCAGGUGUUACCUCAUACAAAUUUGCCAUUAAACCUUCCUUUAGUCCAACAUCAACCUCCUCAAAAUUUUCAAAUCAAGGAUCAGCAUUUAUUAAAACCACCUCCUGUUAUGGGAGCAACUGGAAGUUUUGGAAGAAGAGCUUCGGAUGGUGGAGCUAAUCUUCAUGUCUUCUAUCAACAGCAUGGCAGUGGUUCUGGUGGUGACGACGGAAAUUGGAGUCAACCAGGCAGUAGAGAACACUUGCAACCUAUUCCAAGUGGAAGUCCAACGCUUGUACCGUGCACGCAGUCAUUGAAUGUAGGAGUCAAUAGCGGAAGUGGCGAUACAAAUGGCAAUAAUAGCGGAAGUGGAAGCGGAGGAAGCGAUAGAAGAAGACGAAGUGGUCUUACCGCCGUCAUGCAAAGACCAGUUAUAAACCCGGAAAUGGUUAUGGAGGUGGAAGCUAGGAUGAAUAGAGCUUACCUUCCAUCACGUCUCUUACCAACUCACCUUAGAGGAUCAACGCUUCCACACCACAGGAAGACUUCUUUGUACCACAGUAGCACUGUAGGCAAUAGAGAUUCGUAUAAGGAACCAAGCACUCAUGUUGCUACAGAAAGAUACUCACCUGUACGAAGAGCGUCGGAGGGUUCGGGUCCAUCUGGACCUGGAAUUCAGGCACUUCAGCAGGAAUAUCAGCAACUGCAAAGGUUAGCGUCUCCAUCGCACAGUCCUGCGAGUAUACCUGGAUCUCCUGUGCACGAAAGAGGGGUAGCAGCAAUCACACAAGGUUUGAGUGGACUAACCACAGCAACAGUGCAGGGUAGUAUCGUGCAUGGUACACCAACACAACCACCAGCAACGCCACUCGAUUUGAGCCCGCUAAGGCACCACAGAUCGCCAGCUACAACACCAGUUAGUUAUUCACCUAGUAAUAGCCCAGCUUUGGAUAUGAUUCAAGAAGAACAUCCUGUAGAAUUACCAAGAGUGCCACCUCAGAUAUCUAUAACAGAUCUCGGAGGACAAGUAACACUUAUCAGUUGUUCACCAUCUCCAUCACCGUCACCUGAUUCACUCGAAGACACGUUACCUCAUUACAAUCCUCUUCCCAGCUUCAUCAUUUCAGAACCGUGUGACCCUUUAAGACCUAGUAUAACACGAGGUAUUGGUAGGCCCCUAAGUACAUCAAUACCUACAGAAGUUGAAGUCACUUUGUCGGAUGAAUCGAGUAGAUUGAAUUCCGAAGCUAUAUUGGGCCGUGUGAAACAAAUUAUAGAUGCGAGAGCCCCGCCAAAGGGGUUUAUUUUCAAUAGAGAAGAAGUGAAAGGUAGCGGGCUUAGUUUAGAAUAUCCGGGUGGUGUUCAAAUCGAACUUAGAGUAUGUGAAUCCGAAGAGAAAGAAGUAAAAGGCAUUAAAAUGCGAAGAAUUAGUGGGGACCAAUUGCAGUACAGUCAACUUUGUCAGCAGCUGAUCUCGUGCAUUACCGUUUGACGACAACCAGCAUAUAAUAUAAUCUCUUAUACGUUACGUUACAUUCCUGGUGCCACACACACCACUCAUUACAGUAUUGCACACGCAUGCUGCAUACACACGAGCGGUACUUUAAGCAUACCAUUCUUUAUAUUGAUACAUUCAUAUGUGUAACAUUCAGUGUGCUUCACUUUUGAAUGUCGGUUUUUUUUUUUUUUUUUUUUUUUUAAACAUAUAAAUCGAAGAAGAAAAAUAUUUACGUUUACCUGUGCAUAAUAUGAAGUUGGAACACAAAUGUUCUACCAAAAAUUUCUUUUAAGGUCUUGGUAUUAAGACUUUAAUAUCCUUGCACAGGCAAGACGAUGUUCUGCUAUUUUUAAACGAUUUAAGUAUUAACAAAACAGAACGAUUUUCAUGAAAGUUUAAUCGUAAUGUACAUCACACACCAUUCCUUUUUGUAGAAUGUUUGUCUUCGUGUUAGAAGUUCAUAGAUAGUAAAUUCAUAAUUUACUGUUUAAAUCAUGAUUGGGUGCCCUUUGUAGCUGUAGAUAAAGAAAAAGCGUCUUUUGUACUGGAUUAGAUGGCAAGCAUUUUCAUAAUUCAUGUCUUUCUAAUGUAGCGGAGAUGUUUUAUAUGGAAUUUACUAUAUUUAUUCGAUUGCCAUUACAAACAAUUUUAAUUUCAUGAUAUAUAUUCUAUGUUUGUAAAUAUUCCUCCUACAAAGGCCGAAAUCGUUUUUUGUCUUUUUAUGUUGAUCGGAACUGCAAGAUUUGCCUUCUUGUUUCUGGUACAGAUACCACCUUUUUGGGUAAUUUAAUUUUAGUAGCUAGAAAUGUAUACAUAAUCUUUAUAUAGUGCAAACACGUUAUUGUGGUUCAUAAUUCAAAAACUACACAGACUGAGUUACGAUUGUAUAUCUUUCUUUUUUUAAAUCAUAUAUUGCGUUUAUUGCAGUUUAUGAACGAAUGAUAUUUGAUUCAGUAAUUUCAUUAUCAACGAUUUUACAGAUCUUUCAAACCGCAAAGCAUUGGUGUAGGGAAAGUAUAUUUUCCACUUGUUUCGUUUACGAAACAUUUAAUUGUCACAGUUUAAAAAGGAAAGUGUGCAACAUAGCUCUCUUCGUGUAACCAAAGAGUUGAGUUGCUUUUAUAUUAUCGAACAUGAAGGGUAUAACUUUUAUUGUUCAUGUUCUGAAAACAAAAAGAAGAUAUGAGCAUCCAUAGUAAUCGCUAGUUAAUGCAAGACGAAAUUGUAACUAGGCUGGCACAUAUUCUUGUUAUUAUGUUACAAUGAUUAGACAAAAGACAUUAUAUUAGUGUCGCGUACGAAAGAAAUAGAUUUCAUUUACAUAAUGUAAACGAGAUAUUUUUCUAAAUUUGCUUGUUUAUGAAUUAAGCAAAGAAAAAGUUUUUUGCUGAUAGUGCAAGUUACAAUGUACACUUUGCAGAAUACAACUUAUAUACUUAUACUCCAUUGCAUCCAUGCUUUUAUUUUUAAUUUACUUAAGAAAGUAACACUUCGAUAAUUUAAUUUUCGUUACUUCUACAAACUUAGAUA